CCCCCCCCUGCCCAGGGCCCGACAUGGCCAGCCCCCGUUUUCCCGGUCCGACGACUGCUACGCCCCUCUCCCACAACCCCCCGAGCAUACCCGUAAAUUUGUAUCUAGCUCUAGCUCUCUUCCUCUUCCUAUUCCGUUUGAUUAAUCCAUUCCUUGUAUUGAUGGGUUGUUUGUUCAUGUACGUAUUCUUGUAUGUAGGAGUUUGGCGCAUUUGCGGGAUUUGGACUGGACUGGUCGUGUUGCUUUUGGGGUCGAGGGAGGUACACAAUGGAUCUAAGGAGGAGCGAGAAGGGGAGAUGCAGGUGAACGGGGAGGGGAAAGGGGAAUGGGGGUGAAUGGGG